UGGCUGAGGGGGAGGUGAGAAAGCCGAGGUGGUGUCUGAUGGACGCUCCCGGUCUUUAGCUUUGCUUUCGUCCUUGCGCUCCGAGCGGCAGAAGUUUUCGCAUCUUAUUCUGCUCUGCGCCUUGGUUGUCGCACCCUCUCACCCCGUUGCUGCUGCCGGAGACCACUUGAAGGGCACGGCUAGGAUGGAGAGUCCGAGCCUGGGGGACUGCGGAGCUGUCCCCUCCGUCACCUCCAGUGAGCACUUAGCCCCAGACCGGCCCUGUGACCUUCGUGAGGAAGAUGUUACUCUGGGAUCCAAAAGAGUGGGAGAAGAUGAAAAGCAAAUAGUGAUAAAAAGCAGCAGUGAGUGUAAUCCCCUGCUGCAGGAAUCCAUUGCUUCCGGUCAGACUGGUGGUGCUACGGUGACAGAAUGCCAUAAGUCUGUCCCAUGUGGAUGGGAAAGAGUUGUGAAGCAAAGAUUAUCCGGGAAAACAGCAGGAAGAUAUGAUGUAUAUUUUAUCAGCCCACAAGGACUGAAGUUCAGAUCCAAAAGUUCACUUGCUAAAUAUCUUCACAAAAGUGGAGAGACUUCUCUUACACCAGAAGAUUUUGAUUUUACUGUACCUUCUAAAAGAGACAUCAAGCCCCAACGUAAAGAUUACAACAUAGCACCUCUGACGUCCCAAAAGCAAAAUGAAAGGAACAAUUCAAACUGGAACCUUAGGAUGCGAAGCCGUUGGAAAAAAGGUGUCUUUCCCCUGCCAAGUGGCACUUCAGAAUUGGAAAGCAGCAGAGGACCAUCUCACUUUAAAGAAGAUGAGGGUGUUAAUGAUGUUAACCCCAGAAAGGUUAGAAAGUCCAAAGGAAAGGUGAUGAUUUUAAAAGGAAUUCAAGUUAAGAAAACUAAAACAGGGUGCCAGAAGGGUCUUCCCAAGUCUGCUCAAAGGAACAGGAAAAGAGAAUCUGAAUAUAAUAAGGCAGAUGCUGAAAGUGAACCUGUUGAGCAAGGAAGUCUGCUUGAUAAAACUUUCUCCAUUUCUGAUGCCGGAGGAGCAAGCAACAGGAGUGUGACCAAUGAAGAAAAGAGACUUAUAAAAGAAAAAUCAUUGAGUUCAGGAUCAAACUUUUGUUUUGAACAAAUACCUGCUGACGUUAUAAACAAAUUACAUUUAAUCGAAGAAGCAGAAUGGAGCAAGAAGUGUGAGGAAACCUCUUUAGAAUCUGAGGAAAUAAGAACAAAAGUAGAAGCUGGGGAAAGGAAGGAGCCUUUGCGUACUGAGAGCUCUGAAAUGGAUGACAACUGCUUGCAAACAGAGAACGCCUCUAUUUCUGUGAAAAUGUGUCAAGAAGAUACCAGGCCGCGGACACAAGUAGAAAAAAGGAAAACAAGCCUAUAUUUUUCCAGCAAAUAUAACAAAGAAGCCCUUAGCCCCCCGCGACGCAAAGCCUUUAAGAAGUGGACACCUCCUCGGUCACCGUUUAACCUCAUUCAAGAAACACUUUUCCACGACCCAUGGAAGCUCCUCAUUGCUACUAUAUUUCUCAAUCGGACUUCAGGUAAAAUGGCAAUCCCUGUGCUCUGGGAGUUUCUAGAGAAGUACCCUUCAGCUGAGGUAGCAAGAACCGCAGACUGGAGAGAUGUGUCAGAACUUCUUAAACCUCUUGGUCUCUACGAUCUUCGAGCAAAAACCAUUAUCAAGUUCUCAGAUGAAUAUCUGACAAAGCAGUGGAAGUACCCAAUUGAGCUCCACGGGAUUGGCAAAUAUGGCAACGACUCUUACCGAAUUUUUUGCGUCAAUGAGUGGAAGCAGGUGCACCCUGAAGACCAUAAAUUAAAUAAAUAUCAUGACUGGCUUUGGGAAAAUCAUGAAAAAUUAAGUCUGUCUUAAAAUUCUUUGAAGUUUUCAAACUCAGUUUUUACACCUUACUUUGCACUUGAUUGUUAAGAGCUCCAUUAAACAUAGGCAUAUAGAUUUUAAUUAGUCCAACUAGAAACGUGAUGUAGGCUUUCUCAAUAUGCGUAACACUGGUAGAUCUUUGCUACUGAAUGUACUAGGACAUGUUUGAGGUUUUUUAAAAAAUAGAUUGUUAUUUGACAAGAAACCUAAAAAUGUAAAUGACUUUACCAAUAAUAAAAUGUGAUUUGAAGUGGAAAAAAAACUUUUGUCAACUCUCAAUAAUACAAAGCAAAUUUCUAUCAAUCUUGCUUAAGGAAAAAUUAGACGUUCUAUUCUCUUUCUAUAAAAAUGGAAUUACACAGUUAUGUAGGAAGCAAUCAGAGUUUGCACCCAGAUAUGUAAGAAAUGAUAUAGGGGGUAAUAGGCAGCUAAUAAUAGGCAGUUAACAAGAUUUUUAUUAAAAGAUAACAAUGUUA